AUUUCCGUUCGAAUCGCUCAUGUGGGCUUAAAUUUGUUUAUAUAGAUUUGACACAUAACCAAAAAAUUUGAUAUCCUUACUAAUUAUUAAUUACUAUAAUUAAUAAAUCAAUUUUAAAAAAAUGUCUCAAAGAGUACGUCGACGUCCGGCGGCAUCUCAAGCUCCGGCAGAAAAUUUGGACCAUCUGUCAAAUCGAGUUUUAAAAUAUUUAUUAGAAAAAAGCCGUAAAAAGUACGCAGUAAAAACAACUGACAUAAAAAAAUACGCAUUAGGUAAACAUGCCGAUCAUUUUAGGUCAGUUAUCAAUAACGUAAAAAUUAAGUUACGAAAUAUAUAUGGUUACAAUUUAAUUCAUGUCGCGGGAGCUCAAUAUUUUACAUCAAAUUUGUUUGUUAAUAAAUAUUUGAAGUCUAUGAGUUCUCCCCGCGAGUCAGCAGAACAGACGCUUAUUUUUUUGGUACUUGGGUUUAUUUUCAUGUGCGCUGAAAACAGUGAGCAUGCGAUUAUUGUUGAAGACGAGAUCUGGGAUUUUUUUACAAACAUGAACAUCAUCAGCGAGCACAAUAGCUGUCAUCCGUACUUUGGAAAUGUCAAGGAAUUAAUUAGCGAUAAAUUUGUUAAACAAUUGUAUUUGGCUAAAAGAAAGGACAGAGAAACUGAUGCUGUUUGGUAUGAAUGGGGACCACGCGCUAAUGAAGAAGUUGACAGGCGCUCAGUAUUAAAAUUUGUGUCUAAGAUUUACAACCGCCAGAUAGAAAAUUUUGCCGAGCAGUACAAGGCCAUGAAACGUCACGAGCGUUCAGCAUUACAAGAAUAAAAAUAAUAUUUAUUCCUUAAAUAUAGAAUAUAUUUUUAUACAUUAUAAAGACUGUUAAU